CAGAUGCUUUGAGCUUAUUGCAUCUAUAAUACAUUUCAUAUAUUUCAUUGUAUUGUGUUUACAGUAUAUUUCAUUGUAUUGUGUUUACAGUUUCAAAAAAAGUGCCCAGUAAAAACUUCUGGAAUCCAAUCGUCUGAGUCCUGGAGAUUUUCUUGGGAGUGUUUAAGCUGAAUGGAAACUUAGCCCAUUACAGUGAAAAGACUGCAACGCAGCUAAUAGGGAUACGAGGAUUGCCGCUGUACGGAGCUACUCAUUAUCGAGAGAUAAGCAGCCUCCAAUAUAGCCUCGGAAAACUUCGCCGCAGCCCACAUCUCCCGAUACCGGAGACCCAACGGCACGUAAUGUCACAACGUAGCAAUGCUGACAAAGGAAUUGGAGACAGCCAGUCAGAAUGUGCGCGCUCAGGGAGCAGUCGCUCAUCCGGCACGUCGUCUGGCUCAAAAAUUAGCAUAGCCAUCGCCAUGGCAAAAGCAAAGGCUGAAGCCGCGCAAGCUAGAGCGGCACAUUCAAAGAGGGAAAUUGAGCUUAAAGUGGAGCAAGCACGUAUUCAAGCCAGCCUCGACGCACUAAUCGAUGAAAAAGAAAGGGAUGCCGCCGUUGCUGAGGCGAACUCCCUAGUAGCUGGUCUGCAGGAUAUGGGUCUCGAAGUACGCAGCGAAGUUAACAGCCUGGUCCGCCAGUCUGUCAAAGACCAGCGCGUAGCCGUCUUUGUCUCCGAACAGGCCAGCCUGAGCGCCAAGGGUCUAUCGGCUACAGAAAAUAACCUUCCCCCUUCUCAGCCAGUCACUCACCCGCAUAACGCGGCUCAGACCCAAGCUGCCGCUCCUGCUGCUAUUACGCCACACCAAGCUCUUCAGGGCCCUUGGAGAAGCGACGCACCAACACGACAGAGCUCCAAGUCACCCUUCUACCCCCCUCCAACUCCACUCCUACAGCAGAACCCCAAACGAGAUUCUACGUUUCUCACGCAUCAGCCCGUCCACGGGACACUCUACGGAGGUGAUUACGACCAUUCUACAACCACUGACCUCAUCAAAUAUCUCGCUCGUAACCACUUGGUGACUUCAGGUCUCACCGCAUAUGACGACCAGCCAAUAAACUAUUGGGCCUGGAAAACAUCAUUCCAGAACGCCAUUGCCAAUCUAGACCUGUCUGCUGCAGAAGAACUCGACCUCCUAACCAGACACCUGGGAAAGGAGUCAACAGAGCAGGUAAGAAGAAUAAAAACGGUCAACAUCAGGAAUCCAACUAUUGGACUGUGCUCAGCAUGGGGGCGCCUCGGCGAACUAUAUGGCUCCCCAGAAGCCGUCAAACAAGCUCUGUUCAGCAAACUAGAAAGCUUCCCAAAGCUCACGACAAAAGAUCCACGGAGACUCCGGGAUCUAGCCGACCUGUUGUCAGAGCUACAAGCCGCUAAAGAAGAUGGCUACCUCGCGGGCAUGUCGUACUUGGAUACCUCCAGAGGAAUUAAGCCCAUCAUCGAGAAACUUCCAUACAGCAUACAAGAAAAGUGGCUAUACCACGGGACGAGAUACAAACAAGAACAUUUCGUCAGCUUCCCACCUUUCUCCGUGUUGGUGAACUUCAUCCGCACCGAGGCGAUAGCACGUACGGACCCAAGUUUCAACCUCUUCACACCAAGCCCCCCAACCGAGAGAAUGAAUAAAUGGGAGAGGCCCACGAAGACGUCCGUUCACACCCACAAAACACAAGUCUCAGGCACUGCCAAGUUCGAGUCUAAGGAAAGCAGGGAACGUAUUGACCCGAAUAAACAUUGCCCCCUGCACAAAAAACCCCAUCCUCUGAGGAAAUGCAGAGGUUUCCGCGAGAAGAGCUUAGACGAUCGCAAACAGCUUCUGAAAGAACACUACGUCUGCUUUCGCUGUUGCUCGUCAACAGAACACUUUGCAAAGAACUGCACAGCCAAGAUAACAUGCACCGAGUGUGGUAGCGCUGCCCACGUGACAGCCCUCCACCCUCACCCACCUACCUGGAAAUCUAAAUCGUUCCCCUCCAUCUCAGAGGAUAGUGGGGAGGAGGACAAAGCUGAUAACCAGGAGGUCAACGCAACGUGCACACAGGUAUGUGGGGAAGGUCUGAGUGCUAGAGCGUGUGCUAAGAUCUGUCUCGUCAGGGUGUUCCCAAACGGACGAAGAGAGGAAACGGACGAAGAGAGGAAGCCAUACGCUAUAUUGGAUGAGCAGAGUAAUCGCUCCCUCGCGCGGUCAGAGUUCUUCGAAGCCUUCAAGAUCUCCGGGCGCUCGUACUCAUACACACUAAAGACCUGCGCGGGACGUACGGAGACAUCAGGAAGGAGAGCCAGCGGCUACACCGUAGAGCCGUUGGAAGAGAAACUGAGUAUCUCUCUGCCUACACUCCUCGAGUGUAACCAAAUUCCCAACGUCCGCGCGGAGAUUCCCACCCCCGGUGCGGCCUAUCAUCAUACCCACCUAAAACGCAUCGCUGACAAGAUACCACCUCCGGACUUAGACGCCAGCAUUCUUCUCUUACUGGGCAGAGAUAUCUUACGGGUCCACAAGGUCCGAGAGCAAAUAAGCGGCCCAGGAGAUGCUCCCUUCGCCCAAAGGCUUGACCUGGGAUGGGUCAUCGUAGGAGACGUGUGCCUCGGAGGUGCUCACAGACCACCGGAGGUGAGAAGCUACAAAACAGCCGUUCUAGGGAACGGUCGUACAAGCCAUCUCCAGCCAUGUAACAACCAGAUCAAAGUGACAGAGGUGUUUGAACAAGCACGUGACUAUCAACAAUAUCCAGCGCGAACCCCGACGACGCUAAUCGGAGACAAUUUGGGGCAAACCGUCUUCGCUCGCACUCCCAACGACCACAAACUUGCUCCAUCCAGGGAAGAUUUGGAGUUUCUAAGGAUAAUGGAAGCCGAGUGUUGCCAAGACAGCUCCAACAGUUGGGUCGCACCUUUGCCGUUUAGGUCACCGAGGCAGCGACUCCCUAACAACAGGAAACAGGCUCUCGAACGCCUCGUCUCACUUCGGCGCUCACUGGAAAAACGACCACGGAUGAAAGCCGACUUCCUAGAGUUUAUGGAGAAGAUG